GCUAGCUGCACGGGAUUAAUCACCAUGGCAACGUAAGCGCAACUUUUGAAACCGAAUCGAGGUUUAUUUAAGCCAGGAUAUCCAGAAAAUCCCGGUUUAUUCCGCUAUUCUGGUUUAAUGAAACAUCUGUAAUCCCAGCUGCGGUCUCCUGUCCGCAGUCUUGGUCCGGCUCUGCUGUCCUGUCCUCGCCCAGCAGGCGUGUCCUGCCGGCUCAGAUUAUAAAUGAGUCCGUUUGUUCCGCGCAGGAUCUAUACCGGGCGGAGGGACUUCACGAUGUGCGUGUCAAGGUAUCUGUUAUAUGUGGGCUUCGCACUGGUUCCCAUGGCGAUCAUCUGCAUAGUGUCCAACAUCCUGCUGCUGUUUCCAGAGAUGACAUACCACUUCCUGUUGGAUGGUCAUGUGACCAGAGAGGCCACCUGGGCCACGGGUCUGUGGGCCUCCGGCUUCCUGGUUUUACUUGGAGCGAACGCCUUCAUCAAGCGCAGCAGAACCAGAGGCUUCGUUGCUGCCCGGACUCAGAUGUUUGGUGUGGCCCUGUACUCCUGCCUGGGGCUGCUGGCUGCCUCCACCUGCUGUGUGGUCAGCGCCACCGGUCUGGCUCAGGGUCCUCUGUGUCUCUACAACUCGUCCUCCGGUCUCACCUGGGGUGUCCCCCUGAAGCCCGUCCCCAACAGACACGCUGGGUACCUGUACAACCAGUCGAUGUGGUCGGGGAUCUGCUUGAAGCCUGAGUCGGUGGUGGAGUGGAACGUGGUUCUGUUCAGCAUGAUGGGGAUCUGCAGCGCCGUGCAGGCCGUCCUCUGCGGGCUGAACAUCCUGAACUCCCUGGUGGGGUUGGUUCUGGGCCAGGGGAUCCGGCCAUGACCAGGUCGCUCCGCAUUCAGAAUGAGGAAGUCAGGAUUUUCACAGCAAACAACCUCAGAUCCUUCAAAAUAAAAGCACAGAUGCACUUUACCUGACCAAUAGCUCUUAUGUCAUCAGUUUUUCCUCUCUGGCGGUUCCAGAGAGUAAAACUGAUUUUUGUCUAUGAUAAAUGUAACAGAAGUCAGAUUUACAGAUUUCACCAGAAGCUUGAAGAUCAGAACGAUUCAGAUUUAUGAAGGUUUUAUUUAUUCCUGUACUUAAAGCAAUAAAGUCAAAGACUCUGAAUCCGUUAACUACAAGUCAAAAGAAAGAAGACAGUUUGGGAAAGUUUUUGUGAGUUUUCUUUCUUUUAUCCAUCUGUCUUUAUAUAUAUAAGUCCUGUCGCAAUAAGCAAUAAAUCAAUUAAUCACAUGAUAAA